GGCACAAAGUGAAACCCGAAUGUAUGGAGGAUUACAUUAAAUUAGUAUCCGAGCAUUAUCCUCGAAUCGCCAAUGACCCCGACAAUUUUGUUCAUCUUUGCGGUAGUUGGCAGACGGAAAUUGGCCAACUUGAUUCUUUUGUUCAUAUCUGGGAAUAUCAAGGAUAUAAGGGUUACCACGAAACGCACAAUCGUCUUCGAAAUGAUCCCCAAUAUCAAAAAUUUGUUAAGCAAUUACGCCCCUUACUUCGGAGUCGAUACAAUCAAAUCUGCCUUGAAUUUGCCUUUUGGCAGACCAGUCCACCAGCCGUUAAUGGUGGGAUUUACGAAUUAAGAUCAUACGAGCUUAAGCCCGGUAAUUUAUUAGAGUGGGAAACUCAUUGGCAUCGUGGUCUUGAGUGCCGUCGACAAUUUUGCGAACCAGUGGGUGCCUGGUUUGCACAAUUGGGUGCUUUAAAUUAUGUCCAUCAUAUGUGGCAAUAUCCUGAUCUCGAGAAACGCAAAAUCACUCGUGAACAGGCAUGGCAGGUAGACGGUUGGGCUGAAACUGUUUAUAAGACAGUUCGAUUGAUAAAGUAUAUGGAAACAGACGUUUUG